AUGUCUGCCCAAACUCCUCAGCCAAUUCGCCCAGAGGCGUUUCCACUAUAUCCUGCCCCUCAAUCGCCCGUCCGCCGUCUUCAAUCCCCCAUUUCCUUAUUUGAGCCCCAGAACAUUGCUGCUCGAAGACGGCCAAAGGUCGGGUCCCAUGCCCUGCGGCGACGGCGAGGCAAUGUCCGUCAUGAACGGCAUGCACACCCAUUCGACUCUCUCCCGUGGAUUUCUGCGCUAGAGACAAGCCCAAAGCAUAUCCACCCAUGUGACAUAGCCGACCUCUCCCUCAUCCCCGACUCCGACUCUGUCCCCAAUCCCGGUCCCGGACCAGUGCGCCGACGCAAGACUUCCCUGCGCUCCAGUCCACUCGACGACCCCGAGUCGCCGCCCCCGUCCGGCGUUCCGCUUCCCCUCCCACAACGCGACACACCGACUCUCCCAGUGACACCCAAAUCCAAGCCUAGUCUUCCGUCAAGAAUCCUGUUCCGGAAUCUCAUGCCAGUGUCUGCAAAUUCACCAAGUUGUAUCAAUAUCCAAUCUCUCGAGCUUUAAAUUUUCCUCUCAGUCUUUCGCCAGCCACCACUUCUGCUCCUGCUGCUGCCUUCAGUUCCGCUUUCAUGAAAUAUUCGGCUUUUCUUCUCUGCAAGUUAUCAUCAGCAUCGCGAUUCGCUUUCACGACUAUUUUAUUCGGCCUCAACAAUCGCUGCCUCCUAAAGAGAUCCAAUCAACCCAAUCGGCAUUUUCAAGUUUCCAAUCGCAAUCAUGAUAACUUAUAUCUCGGCAUUCAACUCUGCAUCAUCGUCUCUUCGCUGUUCAACGUUCAACCAAAUCCACCCCCAUUUAUAAUACUCUUCCACGUUAUUCACAU